AUGUCGGACAAAAUGGCGGCGGCGGCGGCCGCAGCCUCCGCCCAGCCACAAGCAGGUCCCAGGCAGCCGGCAGCGGAGGCGGAGGGCGGCUGUCCGCGCAGCGGCGGCAUGGACGGUGAGACCGAAGCGGAGGAGUUCGGGUGCCCGGCGCACUGCUCCGAUCUGGCCUGGCGGCAGAACGAGCAGCGCCGCCACGGCCUCUAUUGCGACAUCACUCUGGCCUUCGGCGGCGGGCGGCCCGGGGCGGCCCGCGAGUACCGGGCGCAUCGUUCUGUCCUGGCCGGGGCCACCGAGUACUUCACUCCGCUCUUCUCGGGGGGCUUUACGGAGUCGCGCUUGGGCCGCGUGGAGCUGCAGAAGUGGAGCUCGGAGGGCGGCCCCGACCCCGACACGGUGGAGGCCGUUAUCGGCUUCAUGUACACCGGCACCAUCCGCGUCAGCCCCGGGAACGUCCACGAAGUGCUGGAGAUGGCCGACAGGUUCCUGCUGAGCCGCUUGAAGGAGUUCUGUGGAGAAUUCCUGAAGAAGAAGCUGAACCUCUCCAACUGCGUGGCGGUGCACAGCCUGGCACACAUGUACUCCCUGAACCAACUGGCCCUGAAAGCCCAGGACAUGAUCCGGAGGAACUUCCACAAAGUCAUCCAGGACGAGGAGUUCUACACCCUGCCCUUCCACCUGGUCAGGGACUGGCUCUCAGAUUCGGAGAUCACAGUGGACUCCGAGGAGCUCCUCUUCGAGACGGUUCUGAAGUGGGUUCAGAAGAACCCCGAGGAGAGGGAGAAGUACUUCGAAGACCUCUUUAAACUUCUGAGGCUGUCCCAGAUGAAGCCAACCUACCUCACCCGGCACGUCAAGCCCGAGAGGCUGGUGGCUGGCAGCGAGGGCUGCGCCCGGCUGGUAUCGGAGGCGGUGGAGAGCCAUGCACUGCGCUGCGAGCACCUACGCUCGGGCAGCCUGCAGCCCCCCAGCUGCCCCCCGGCCCUGCUGCCGCGCUUUGGGCAGAACAUGGACGUGAUCAUGGUGGUCGGGGGCGUGUCAGAGGGGGGGGACUACCUGAGCGAGUGCGUUGGGUACUUCAUCGAGGAGGAUCGCUGGGUCAAUCUGCCCCACAUCCACAACCACCUGGACGGCCACGCCGUGGCCGUCACCGACUCCUAUGUCUACGUGGCCGGCUCCAUGGAGCCAGGCUUUGCCAAGACCGUGGAGAGGUACAACCCCAACAGGAACUAUUGGGAGCAGGUCUCCAACCUGGUCACCAGGAAGCACUCCUUUGGCCUGGCCGAGGUCAGGGGCAACCUGUACAGCAUUGGGGGGCACGGCAACUUCAGCCCUGGCUUCAAGGACGUGGCCAUCUACAGCCCCGAGAAGGACAAGUGGCUGACGCUGGAGUCGGCGCCCAAGAUCCUGCGCGACGUCAAGGCUGCCUCCGUCGAGGACAGGUUCGUCUACAUCGCCGCUCGCACCCCGGUGGACAGCGACAGCGAGGACGGCCUCAGGGCAGUCUUCAUCAGGUUUGACGCCGAGACCAGGCAGUGGCAGGACGUGGAGUCCCUGCCCCUCAUCGACAACUACUGCUCCUUCCAGAUGUCCGUGGCCAACACCAACUUCUACCACACGGCCUCCUGCUGCCCCAAGAGCUACUCCAUAGACAACGAGGAGGCCAAGGCCAAGAUCUCUGGCAGGGCCUCGGACGAGAUACUGGAGAGCUUGCCUCCCGAGGUGCUCAGCAUCGAGGGGGCAGCCAUCUGCUACUACAAGGACGAUGUCUUCAUCAUCGGGGGCUGGAAGAACAGCGACGACACCGACAAGCAGUACCGGAAGGAGGCUUACCGCUACUGCGCUGAGAGGAAGCGCUGGAUGCUGCUGCCCCCCAUGCCCCAGCCCCGCUGCAGGGCCACCGCCUGCCAUGUCAGGAUCCCCUUCCGGUGCCUGCAGGGGACCCAGAGGUACCCCAUGCCCCAGAACCUGAUGUGGCAGAAGGAUAGGAUCAGGCAGAUGCAGGAGAGGCAGCUGCAGGAGAUCCACCGGCACUCCAUGAGCCUGCGCAGGAUGCCACGCUCCCAGAUCGAGUGCUAG